UCGCUGUUGCUUAGCAACAGAGGAAGCCACUAUCAUCUCCAGCUUAGCUUGCGAGCGUGCUAACCGAUUUAUUUAGCGCUGACUUGCUCUCGACCAAAGCAAUGGAGGUGACGAUGGACCCGUUGUUUCUGGCGUGGAGCUAUUUCAGGAGAAGAAAACUUCAACAAUGUUCAGAUAUUUGUUCAAAAAUAUUGCAAGACAGUCCAUACGACCAGGCUGCAUGGAGCUUGAAAACCUGUGCCCUUACAGAGAUGGUAUACAUUGAUGAAGUUGAGGUCGACCAGGAGGGGAUUGCUGAAAUGAUGCUAGAUGAGAGUUCUAUUGCUCAAGUUGCACGCCCUGGAACAUCACUGAGACUACCUGGAACAAGCCAGGGUGGAGGGCCAACACCAGCUGUCAGGCCUAUGACACAAUCAGGACGUCCUAUCACUGGGUUUGUGAGACCUACUACCCAAUCGGGCCGUCCUGGGACAAUGGAGCAGGCCAUCAAAACACCCCGGACUGCCAGCACAGCUCGCCCUGUCACUAGUGCUUCUGGUAGAUUCAUUCGUCUUGGAACAGCUUCAAUGUUAACUAACCCAGAUGGUCCAUUUAUCAAUUUGUCAAGAUUAAAUCUUGCAAAGUAUUCUCAGAAGCCUAAUUUAUCCAGGACACUAUUUGAGUACAUCUUCCAUCAUGAAAAUGAUGUAAAAAAUGCCCUUGAUUUGGCUGCUCAAGCUACUGAACAUGCACAGUUCAAAGACUGGUGGUGGAAAGUACAGCUGGGAAAAUGUUAUUACAGACUUGGUUUAUAUCGAGAAGCAGAAAAACAGUUUCGGUCGGCUCUCAACCAUCAAGAGAUGGUUGAUACGUAUCUCUACCUUGCAAAGGUUUAUCAGCGUCUGGAUCAACCUAUAACAGCACUCAACCUUUUUAAGCAAGGCUUGGACCACUUUCCUGGACAAGUCACUCUUCUAACCGGAAUUGCACGUAUACAUGAGGAGAUGAACAACAUUUCAUCAGCCACAGAGUACUACAAAGAUGUCCUGAAGCAGGACAACACUCACGUGGAGGCGAUUGCCUGUAUAGGAAGCAAUCACUUCUACACUGAUCAGCCUGAGAUUGCCCUGAGGUUCUACAGACGGCUGCUCCAGAUGGGGGUGUACAACUGCCAGCUGUAUAACAACCUGGGCCUGUGCUGCUUCUAUGCGCAGCAGUACGACAUGACUCUGUCCUCAUUUGAAAGGGCUCUGAACCUGGUGGCCAAUGAUGAAGAACAGGCCGAUGUCUGGUACAAUAUAGGACACGUGGCUGUGGGUAUAGGAGACCUGACACUGGCCUACCAGUGUUUCAAACUGGCUUUGGCUUUCAACAAUGACCACGCUGAGGCAUACAACAACUUGGCUGUACUGGAGCUGCGCAAAGGUCGCAUUGAACAGUCCAAAGCCUUCCUUCAGACUGCUGCAUCGCUGGCUCCUCACAUGUAUGAGCCGCACUUUAACCUUUCCAUUCUCUCUGAAAAGAUCGGUGACCUUCAGAGCAGCUACACUGCAGCCCAAAAGUCUGAGGACGCCUUUCCUGAGCAUGUGGACACUCAGCAGCUUCUGAAACAACUCCGGCAGCACUUUGCGGUGCUGUAAGUGGAUGUGGUAUGUGGGGUAGGUUGCCAGGUCAGUAGGAAAACAGGUCACCUCAUGGACAAUAGUAUGGUUUAGUGAUAUGUGGAAAUACACCAAAUCACUCUCAGUUUAUUAGGCACACCUGAAACCAUGUGUUUUAUUGCACUGGAGACGAAAAUGUGAAGAUCAAAUAGAGGAAGCACAAAUUCUGCACAUUAGUGUUGAAUGUCAGUUCUUCCUAUGAUACGUCACUCUCUGUUUAACCAAGUGGAGUCAUGGUUUUCCCACAUGUCUCUUCACCUUUCACAGUUUUCAUUCAGUUCUCCUGGGAAACUGUCACUUAACAUAUCAUGGAAUGAGCAGUUGAUGUAAAGAUACGUGUUUUCAAGAUGGUCUAUAAAUCUAUAUAAUAGUAAAAACAUAACUAUGGAAAUGGGAAAGUUAAAGAUGUAUUUAUUACAGUAAACUAUUGCUAAGAUUUUAAUACAUUGUGUUUACUUUUCUAGAUAUUUUUUUAGUCUUAAAUAAUGUUAAAUGUUUGUGAUAAUAAACAGAUACUUCAUUGAAAAUUAAAAACAAAACAUUAACUUCAAGA